CGCUUUCUUAAUGUCGUUCGAUUUUCUUUUCCCUCUAAGUAUUUUUCAAGAGAAUGAUUUCGAACCACAUUAGAUCUUUUCCCUCUUCAAUAAGAUCUGGAGGAUUUGUUUUAUCUUAACAGAUCAACACCCUCUAGAACAAGCUUUAGCGAAGAAAUGACUCCAACCCUUCGCCGACAGUUAUCUACACUCUUCCAGAACGACUCAAGGACCCUUCCCACCCAAAAAUCCUCAAAACUCCUCUCCCUCCCCUUCGAACUCCGCACCUUAAUCUUCUCCGUCUGCCUCUCAAACCACACCAUCCACCUCUUCCUCUACAGCCCCUUCAACCGCCUAAAAUGGCACCACCCCUCCUCCUCUGACGACCAACCACCCAUCCUCCCCCUCCUCCUCUCAUGCCGCCAAAUAUACAUCGAAACAACCCCCCUCCUCUACACCACCAACCGCAUCAAAUUCACCCUCCCACUCACCAUCUCCUCGCAAUGUCUCAACCGCCUCCUCCCCCCACAUCGCGGUCCGCAAAUCCGAGAUCUCUGGUUCCAGUGGCACGUCCAGCUCACGCCCAAGAAAGAUAGUCCCGAGCAUGAGGAGUGGAGGAAAGUGUGGGAGGCGCUGGCGGAGUUUAAGGGGUUGAGGAGGUUGUGGGUUGAUAUUGUGCCGAUUUGGGCGGAUCGGUGGGCGGAGGAGAUGUGUUGAGGGGUUGGAGGAUUUGAGGGUUAGGGUUGGGUGGAAGGAGGGUGAGGGAGGAGGGAGGUUGGAUGUUGGGUGCGUGGUGGGGAGGUGCGGGAUUGAGGAGAUGUUGAGGUAGAAGGGGGGUCGUGUGAAAGAGUGUUGAAAGUCUGGGAACUUGAUUUAGCUUGACGGAGCAGGAGAUAAGUUGGAUAUGUGGAAAGGAAAACGCCUAGAGUUUUGCCUUUACAUCUCCAGCGGAAGCGCUGGCUUCUUUGUUGAGAACUACGUCUC